UAUUUCAAGAAACAACACAUACAUUAAGUUGAAUAGUGAUUCCUUAAUGCAUGCCAUGGAAGUUCAACUUUCCUUUGUUCUUAUUCCAUUCUUUGUGUUGUUACUUUUGCAUUGGCUUACAAAACAUUACAAGCCAAAAACCAUUGCUUACAAAUUGCCCCCUGGUCCAAGAAAGUUACCUCUCAUUGGAAACCUUCAUCAACUAGCAUUUGCAUCCAAACUUCCACAUCACGCUCUCAAAAUACUUUCACACAAAUAUGGACCUCUCAUGCACUUACAACUUGGUGAAAUUUCUACAGUUAUUGUUUCAUCUCCCAAGUUCGCCAAAGAAGUCAUGAAAACACAUGAUGUUGUUUUUGCUAAUAGGCCAAAACUUCUUUCACCUCAAAUUUUGGCUUAUGGUUUCAAAGAUAUUGUAUUUUCUCCAUAUGGUGAUUAUUGGAGACAAAUGAGAAAAAUAUGUGUCUUAGAGGUUCUUAGUGUCAAAAGGGUCCAAUCAUUUUCUUAUAUUAGAGAAGAUGAGACAACAAAAUUCAUAAAAUCAAUUAAAUCAUUUUCAGGCUCAACAAUUAAUCUCACUAGUAGAAUAUUUUCAGUGAUAAAUUCAAUUAUUUCAAGAGCAGCAUUUGGUGAUAAAUCAGAGGAUCAAGAUGAAUUUGUGAGUUUGAUUAGAAAAGCAAUAGCAUUGUCAGGAGGACUUGAGCUUGAUGAUUUGUUUCCUUCAAUGAAACCUAUUCAUAUACUAACAGGGAUGAAAUCAAAAUUUGAGAAAAUUCAUAAACGUGUAGACAAAAUCUUAGACAAUGUUGUAAGAAAACAUGAAGAAAAGAGAGCAAUAACAAAAGAUGAGAAGAAAAUUGAAGCAGAGAAGGAAGAUCUUGUGGAUGUUCUUUUGAGAGUUCAACAAAGUGGCAGCCUUGAUAUCCAAAUGACAAUAAAUAACAUCAAAGCUGUGAUUUGGGACAUAUUUGUAGCUGGAACUGAUACAUCAUCAACAACAAUAGAGUGGAGUAUGUCAGAAAUGAUGAAAAAUCCAAGAGUGAGGGAUAAGGCACAAGCUGAAUUAAGAGAAGCAUUCAGAGGAAAGGACAAAAUAUGUGAAACUGAUAUGCAUCAACUUACUUACUUAAAUUUAGUAAUCAAAGAAACAUUGAGAUUGCAUCCACCUUCUCCUUUGUUGGUCCCUAGAGAAUGCUAUGAAUUAACCAAUAUUGAUGGAUAUGACAUUCCAAAAAAGACUACAAUCUUGAUAAAUGCAUGGGCAAUGGGAAGAGAUCCUGAACAUUGGAGUGAUGCUGAGAGGUUUAUUCCAGAGAGAUUUGAUGGUAGUUUUAUUGAUUUCAAAGGGAAUAAUUUUGAGUAUAUUCCUUUUGGAGCUGGAAGGAGAAUGUGUCCUGGCAUGUCAUUUGGUUUAGCAAGUGUUAUGUUUCCUUUGGCUCUAUUACUUUAUCAUUUCAAUUGGGAACUCCCAAAUCAUAUGAAACCUCAUGAUUUUGAUAUGAUUGAACAUUUUGGAAUGACAGUUGGAAGGAAAAAUGAGUUGUGUUUGAUUCCAACUGUUUAUGAUGUCUAAGUAUCAAUUGAUGUUAACUAUAUGUCAUGUAAUUUUAGAAAUAAAAGUUGAACCUUAGUAAUUGGACACAAUGAUACAAAUAGAGAUAAUAAAUGUUGUAGUAUUUGGCCAUUGGAACCUUUGUGAUCACUAUAGUUCACAUUUUCAAGCACAUGAAAUAAAAGUUUUAUUUUCUCUAA